CGGGGAGCUGUGAGGGAGUGGGGAGUGGCGGCGCUGCCGCCGUCGGCUGCCUCGCGGGGAGCCGGCGUGGGGGGAUGGGUGAGAGUACCAGCCCCAUCAGCGUGAUCCUGGUGAGCUCGGGCAGCCGCGGCAACAAGCUGCUCUUCCGCUUCCCCUUCCAGCGGGGCCCGGAGCACCCGGCCGCCCAGGCCGGUAAGCCAAGGAGCCGAUAUGCUGUGAAUAGCACUAGUGACAACACAGAAGACCAAGAUGGAGACUCCAGAGAGCAAUAUCCUCUAACUGAUGAGCAAUUGGUUUCAGGAUUUUCAGAUGUCAUCCUGGCAACAAUUUUAGCUACCAAAUCAGAUAUGUGUGGCAAAAAAUUUGAGCUGAAGAUUGAUAAUGUCCGUUUUGUUGGCCAUCCUACCUUGCUGCAGCAUGCCCUUGGGCAGGUAUCCAAAACUGAUCCAUCACCAAAGAGAGAGAUGCCCACCAUGAUUCUCUUUAAUGUUGUAUUUGCCUUAAGGGCCAACGCAGAUCCGUCGGUGAUCAACUGUUUACACAACCUCUCUCGUCGAAUUGCCAUAGUUCUACAACAUGAGGAACGUCGUUGUCAGUACCUGACCAGAGAGGCCAAGCUGAUCCUAGCCAUUCAGGAUGAAGUGUCUGCCAUGUCAGAAACAGCAGAAGGUCCACAAUCACCUUUCCAUCACAUUCUACCCAAGUGCAAGCUGGCCAGAGACCUCAAAGAGGCUUAUGACAGUCUUUGUACUACAGGGGUGGUGCGAUUGCACAUCAACAACUGGCUUGAAGUGAGUUUCUGUCUGCCUCAUAAAAUCCAUUAUGUUGCAACAAGCUUUAUACCUCCUGAAGCGAUUGAAAGAAGCCUGAAAGCUAUUAGGCCUUACCAUGCCUUAUUACUACUGAAUGAUGAGAAAUCGUUGCUUAAUGAGCUUCCAUUGGACUGUUCCCCGGCCCUGGUGAGAGUGAUUAAAACUACCUCUGCUGUGAAGAAUCUGCAGCAGCUGGCUCAGGAUGCUGACCUGGCAUUACUACAGGUUUUCCAGCUUGCUGCACAUCUGGUUUACUGGGGAAAAGCAAUUAUUGUCUAUCCACUGUGUGAAAACAACGUCUAUAUGCUGUCCCCCAAUGCCAGUGUUUGUCUUUACUCCCCUUUGGCAGAGGAAUUUUCCUGUCAGUUUCCUGGCCAUGAUUUGCCGUCUGUGCUUUCCAAGUUCUCUUUGCCAGUUUCCUUAUCAGAGUUCAAGAAUCCGCUAGCUCCGCCAGUACAAGAGACUCAGCUCAUACAGAUGGUAAUAUGGAUGCUCCAGCAUCGCCUUCUCAUCCAGCUCCACACGUAUGUCUGUCUGAUGGUGCCCCCGAAUGAGGAAGAUUUCCGAGCUCAAGAUGAAGACAUGCCCUUCACUGCCAGAGUUGGAGGCAGAAGUUUAAGCACUCCCAAUGCUCUCAGCUUUGGCUCCCCAACCAGUAGUGAUGAUAUGACUCUCACAAGCCCUAGUAUGGAUAAUUCCAGUGCUGAGCUGAUACCUGGUGGUGACUCCCCAUUGAAUAAACGGAUGACUGAGAACCUGCUGGCGAGCUUGUCUGAACACGAGCGGGAAGCUAUCCUCAAUGUCCCUGCUGCACAGAAUCCAGAGGAUCUACGCAUGUUUGCAAGGCUGCUGCACUAUUUCCGAGGACGGCACCACUUGGAGGAAAUCAUGUAUAAUGAGAACAUGCGCCGCUCCCAGCUGGUCAUGCUCUUUGACAAGUUUCGCAGCGUGCUGGUAGUGACCAAUCAUGAGGACCCUGUGAUUUCAGUCUUCCAGUCCCUCUUGAAAUGACUGUGUGGAGUGUGGGAGGGGAACUGCUCCUCUGUUUUCAGCUCCCUCAGUCCUAAUAUUUUGUUUAUAUAAUGUUAAUACAGGAGCAGGGGUAGCAGCAGCCAGAGGUUGUACCCCCACCAUUGACCUUCCCAGUGACCCUCAGCAAGUCACCCCUUCUCCCUCCCUUUCACCAUCUGCCUGGGGAAUGUAAACCCUGACCUGCUUGUGGACGGAGCUCUGCCCUCAAGACGCAUGGGAGUGGGGCUAGAGAGGCACACACCAGUGAAGCUGUUCAGUCCAACUAGUUCCAGUGUGCAGUGUCUUCCCAAAGUCCCUGCCACUGGGCUGGGGUUCCUUGCUUCCUGCGCAGGCAGUGUGUGCGGAAUUGAAGAAAGGUUUUACCUUGGUGUCGCUGAAUAAACACACACUUUGACUGGA